AUGCCUUCCCCCUUCGACAGCCUGCCGGCCGAAAUCACGCAGAAAUGCGUUCAAUUUCUCCCGUUUGAUGUAGUGACUGGCGAGUUGAAAGCGGUAUCGAAGGAGAUCCGCGGGUUGGCGCGGCGCGAGUUGACGCGCGGCCGGUGGAAGCCAAUCCGAUACGUGGCCGUGCAAGGACUGGCGGUCUGCGCGGCCGAUGAUAGCCUCCAAGAGUUUGGGCUGGGUGGAUUCCCGGUGGAAUUUGCGCGCGAUCCUCCGCCAGCAGCGUGCGCGACCUUCCGGGAGGCGUGGGCGCUCGAUCCCGCACUGGUGAUCAAAGUCAUUUGCGAUUGGGACACCAGCGGCCUCGGAGCUCAUCUCAUGGGAGUCUAUCAGGGCCGUUUCCUAUCGAUCGUUGAGCCACCCGUUGAAGGGCUCGGAAUCUAUAAUACUGUCUCGCGUAUGGUCCCCUGUUUGGAAGCCAUGUAUCUCAUACGCGUUUCCGAUGAUGCUACUCAUGGAACCGUACGCGACAAGUGGAAUUUCUUUCCGUUUGUGAUGCUACGCGUAUGGUGGACUUUAAAUCGAGGCGGGUCGCUUAACAACCCCGGAGUGUUGCGUUCGGUCCUAGGCAGCGGGCUGGAAGCUUGGUCGGACGCAGAGCUCGCGGCAAAAUUCACGGGCGAAUACCUUUCAUACUUAGGCUAUUGGGAUACCCCAGAAAAUAUUUAUUCCUUGGCGAAAGCCUUCUCGGACGAGUGGUCGGACCGCACGAAGGCAGACGUGUACAUGACGGAAAUGGCGGAAGUUCGAGAGCGGAUCGCGCGGCAGCCCGUCGAGGAUGUCGCGCGGGAGUGGGAGGAGGAAGAAGCGCAGGAGUGGAGGGAAGCACAAGCACGGGACGACGGCGACGACGACGACGACGAGGACGACUAUUACUACCCGUACUAG